UCGGGGUCCUUCCCGUCGGGGCUUUCCCCCGCCCCGCCCACCGGUUGUCUGUCUGCGCCGGGUGCUGUGGCAGCCGGGGUCGCGGGAGUCGCCGCCAUGCACGACGCCUUCGAGCAUGUGCCGAUCCUGGAGAAGCUGCCGUUGCAGAUCGACUGCCUGGCGGCCUGGGAGGAAUGGCUCCUUGUUGGUACCAAACAAGGGCAUCUUCUGCUUUACAGGAUCAAGAAAGACGUAGGAGAGGUUAUGUCAUCAGAAAGUGUCUGUUGCAAUAGGUUUGAAGUGACACUAGAGAAAUCCAACAAGAAUUUCUCAAAGAAGAUUCAGCAGAUUCAUGUUGUCUCUCAAUUUAAAAUUUUGGUCAGUCUAUUAGAAAAUAACAUUUAUGUUCAUGACCUGUUGACAUUUCAACAAAUCACCACCGUUUCCAAGGCAAAAGGUGCAUCUCUCUUCACUUGUGACCUCCAGCAAUCAGGUACAGGGGAAGAGGUGCUGAGAAUGUGUGUGGCAGUGCGUAAGAAGCUACAGCUUUAUUUUUGGAAGGACAGAGAGUUCCAUGAACUACAGGGGGACUUCAGUGUGCCUGACGUACCCAAGUCUAUGGCCUGGUGUGAAAACUCCAUCUGUGUAGGCUUCAAGAGGGACUAUUACCUGAUACGGGUGGAUGGAAAAGGAUCCAUCAAAGAACUGUUUCCCACAGGGAAGCAACUGGAACCAUUGGUAGCUCCUGUAGCAGAUGGAAAAGUUGCAGUUGGCCAAGAUGAUCUGACAGUUGUGCUUAAUGAAGAAGGGGUCUGUACUCAGAAAUGUGCCUUGAAUUGGACAGAUAUUCCUAUAGCCAUGGAACACCAGCCUCCCUACAUCAUUGCUGUUCUGCCAAGGUAUGUGGAGAUCCGCACUUUUGAACCCCGGCUGCUGGUACAGAGCAUUGAGCUGCAGAGACCACGCUUCAUCACCUCUGGAGGAACAAAUAUUAUAUACGUGGCAAGUAAUCACUUUGUUUGGCGGCUCAUUCCGGUGUCCAUAGCAACACAGAUCCAGCAGCUUCUGCAGGACAAACAGUUUGAGUUGGCUUUGCAGUUGGCAGAAAUGAAAGAUGAUUCAGAUAGUGAGAAGCGACAACAAAUUCACCACAUAAAGAACCUCUUUGCCUUCAACCUUUUCUGCCAGAAGCGCUUUGAUGAAUCUAUGCAAGUUUUUGCCAAGCUCGGUACAGAUCCCACUCAUGUGAUGGGUCUGUAUCCUGACCUCCUGCCCACAGAUUACAGGAAACAGCUACAGUAUCCCAACCCCCUGCCAGGGCUCUCUGGGGCAGAGCUGGAGAAGGCACAUUUAGCUCUGAUAGACUACCUAACUCAAAAAAGAAGUCAGCUAGUGAAGAAGCUAAAUGAUUCUGACCAUCAGUCCAGUACCUCACCACUCAUGGAAGGAACACCCACGAUCAAAUCCAAAAAGAAGCUGCUACAAAUCAUUGAUACCACCCUGUUAAAGUGUUACCUGCAUACAAAUGUAGCACUGGUGGCACCACUGCUACGUCUGGAGAACAAUCACUGCCAUAUUGAGGAGAGUGAGCAUGUACUAAAGAAGGCACACAAAUAUAGUGAGCUGAUAAUACUGUAUGAGAAAAAAGGUCUACAUGAGAAAGCACUACAGGUACUGGUGGAUCAGUCAAAGAAAGCCAACUCGCCUUUGAAGGGUCAUGAGAGGACAGUGCAAUAUCUGCAGCAUUUGGGCACAGAAAACUUGCAUUUGGUAUUUUCCUACUCAGUCUGGGUGCUAAGAGAUUUUCCUGAAGAUGGACUGAAGAUAUUUACAGAAGACCUCCCUGAAGUGGAAGCUUUGCCACGGGACAAAGUGCUCAGUUUCUUGAUAGAAAAUUUUAAAAGCUUGACUAUUCCUUAUCUGGAACACAUCAUUCAUGUUUGGGAAGAAACCGGUGCAGACUUUCACAACUGUCUGAUCCAACUGUAUUGUGAGAAAGUGCAGGGCUUAAUGAAAGAGUAUCUCAAUUCUUUCCCUGCAGAUAGAACUCCAGUGCCUGCUGGGGAGGAAGGAGGAGACUUGGGCGAUUACCGUAAAAAGCUUCUACUUUUUCUGGAGAAGUCUAGCUGGUAUGAACCUGGUCGGCUAAUUAGUGACUUCCCCUUUGAUGGUCUCCUAGAAGAACGUGCUCUGCUCUUGGGUCGUAUGGGGAAGCAUGAGCAAGCUCUUUUUAUUUAUGUUCAUAUUUUGAAGGACACCAACAUGGCUGAAAACUACUGCCAUAAACAUUACGACAGAAAUAAAGAUGGCAGCAAAGAUGUCUAUCUGUCACUGCUCCGGAUGUAUCUCUCCCCACCUAGUGUUCAUUGCCUGGGACCAAUCAAGAUGGAAGUACUGGAGCCUCAAGCCAAUCUGCAGGCUGCUCUGCAGGUUUUGGAACUACAUCACAGCAAACUGGAUACCACUAAGGCAAUAAACCUACUCCCAGCAAAUACACAGAUUAGUGAGAUUCGCAUCUUCUUAGAGAAAGUCCUUGAAGAAAAUGCUCAGAAGAAAAGAUUUAAUCAAGUGCUCAAGAAUCUUCUCCAUGCAGAGUUUCUGAGGGUCCAGGAGGAGCGGAUCUUGCAUCAGCAAGUGAAGUGUAUUAUUACAGAGGAGAAGGUGUGCACUGUUUGUAAAAAGAAGAUAGGUAACAGUGCAUUUGCUCGAUACCCUAAUGCAAUAGUUGUGCAUUAUUUCUGCUCCAAAGAAGUCAACACACUCGACACCUGACCUUGUCGUGGUCAAUAAUUCCAGCACUUAUAUGAAAUUCAGUACUGAUGACUUAAGAAGUUGAUGUGUCUGAGAUUUUUGAGGCUUGUUGCUAGGUUCUCUUACACUGGGUAGGAGUCAUUUGUAUAUGUGGACUGACUGUACCUACCUGGCAAUAUUGAUUUACUAGAAAAUUACUUUAACCAAGUUGUUACAGUGCUGGCAACUACUCUCAGUACUCAGAUGAAGAAUAGAAAUUGAUUUUUGUAGUGAGUUUUGUAAUGCACUCCAGCCUUGCAAAUGAACUGUUAGACAACUGUUGGACGUUCACCACAAAUCAAGUUUUACAAUAAAACGUACUUUCUUAGGGUGAAAAUGUUGUGAUUUGGCCUUGUAUGUAAAUAUUUAUUAAAAAAAAUAAAAUUCCUCUAAAGUCUGUGCAGCUAUAUCAGCAUUGCAAGGAGAUCAUCAAGUGUUUGCCAUAGAGGAGGCUUCUGUGUCUAUUUCUAGACAUAGAAAGUAUAAUUUUACUUUCAUCUCAGUGACAGAAAUGUUUAAGUGCUGGCCAAAGGACUCUUUAUUGAUAUUCAGUGUUAUUGCCUGACCUUCAGAUAAAAAGUUGUUUCACAGGAGGUAGUCAGACAAACAGUAGAUAUCACUAGUAAGCUUUUUUCUUUUCGCUUUAGUUUGAGAGCUUUAAAUUGAAAUAACUUGUGUGUUGUUUGCCCUGAAUACGUUCCCUCUUAGCUUUAGUGGAAGCUCAAAUACUAUUUGAAGAAGUUCAUACCUGCACUCGUAGCAAAAUACAGAGAACACCCUCUAAAGCAAUUUCUGGAAGGAGUGAACUCUGGUUAUUGCUUGAGCUUCUAGACUAUGCUUGAGAUUUAUGUAUAUAAAUUCUUUAGUCUCUGGCUCACUUUCCAGCACUGAAGUAAAAUCCAGACUGUUUCAACAUAUGUCUAUUUUAAGUGCUCUAGAACUGUGUUCUGCUCAGGCUGGUACUGUUCUUAAAUUACUCUUGGGCCAGAAGUCUUAACACAAGAACUAGAUUGUACCACACUCACUGUAGGCUGUAAUAUUUUUGUCUAACUUAUUUUUUCAAAAGCAUAAAAUAGCAGAUUGGUAGAGGGGUAUUAAAAUGUUUGGUGCAGAAAGAAUCUGUGGAGAGUGAUAAUGAAAAGGCAGCAGUAGCAAAUAACCCAAUAGAGUAGCUAUUUGACUCCCGACACCUUGCUCUAGCAACACUUUUAUAAAUAUGGUAUCAUUAAAUAGUAUGAUCAUGGCAUGUAAUUACCAGAUAUCACAUCUUUAUGAAUACAUCCUGUAAGCCUAAGAUGUAGUUGGAUCUCAGUUAACAUUAUAGGUUUACUUAAGCCUUUAUGUGAAUGUUUUUUAGGAACAGAUCUGCUGUAAGCUGACGAGUCCUAAUUCACUUUCCCUUGCCAGUAUUAGUAGUUUCCCUUGAUAACUGUUUUUUGCUUUUCCACAUGUGUUUUGUAUUUAUUGUUCAUAUAUUGUUCAUGCAUUCUUAUGGAUUUCUUUGUCCAGUGUUUUGCUACUUCUGUACUUGGAUGUCUUUCUGCAGAGGCUGGGUAGAGGGACUCUGUGGUGUUAAUGUUUUUAAACUUGUAUUUCUUCUAUUUGAAGAAGAGAGCCUAAAAAUACUUAUACUGGAUUUGCACAUUCUGUAUAGAUCUUUAUAUACUGGUUCAGGUACAGAGGGAAGGUGGUUUGGGAGAGCUGUGUUUACAGGUAAUUGAGAAUGAAAGAAGGGUAUUAAAAAAGACCCUGUAUUCUUUGUAUACAGAUAUAACAAUAUUACUCUGAUUUUUACCAUUAGAAUGAGUUUUAUUUACCUUCAUUUUCUGUUACCAGGAGAGCUGUACUCACAUAUGAAGAUCUUCAUUGUGCUCUUACUUACAGGUCUAAGGUUGUGCCUCUCUUCAUCUCCACUGCAUACCUUUUACAGAGAUGUGUUUCGUGCUGUAAUUUGUUUUUCUUGGUUCAUAUAGUGUGGUUUGGGUUUACUAACCAUACAGCAGGUUUAUCUAAAGCAAUAGGUUGUAAUAAAUAUUGUGAAGCAGUGUGUGUUUCAGUCAUUGUGCAGUUAAGCUUCUCUGGGCUGCUGUAGAUUUUAUUUUCCACUUUGUCCUGGAAGUCAGACUCAAUGCAGGGAUUCUCAGUAUCCCUUCCACUUUAAUAUGUGUGAAUGAAACGUAGCCAUGUCAUCAAUUCUCAGCUUAGGUUUUCAAAUCUACAAGUUUAUAGAUGCUUGUGAAUGUUCUCAAAAUCCUACUAAAACCACUUUUGUAUUCUCUCUUUGAAUAAUGUUUUUGAAAGUCUUAUGCCAUUAAAUAUGUACUUAUUAGAGAAUGCUAAA